AUGACCACUCCUAUGGAGUCUUGCCUAAAGUUAUCAAAAAUUGAUGGGAAACUACUAGAGAAUGCAACAGUUUUUCGACAAAUUGUUGGUAGUUCAUUCUAUAUAACUAUCACAAGACCUGAUAUUGCGUAUUCUGUUGGAGUUAUUUUUCAGUUUAUGGAUCAACCAUGUGAAGGACACUUAAUUGCAGUGAAAAAGAUUCUUCGCUAUGUAAAAGGCACUCAAUGUUAUGGAUUAAUGUACAAGCAGUUGCCAUUUUCAUUGAGUGGCUUGGUAGAUGCAGAUUGGGCUAGUGAUGUAAAUGACAGAUGUUCCGCAACAGGAUUCUGUUUUACUACAUGUUUUGCUAUAAUUUUACGCUAUAGGCAAAAACAAGUUAUUAUGGCUCUUUCAAGUUAUGAAGCAGAGUAUAUGGCAGUUACUAUGGCUACUCAAGAAUGUUUAUGGCUUAAGAGACUUAUUCAGGAAAUGGUCUCCACUUCCAACCAUUCGAUUCUCAUUUAUUGUGAUAGUGAAAGUGCAAUAAAGGUUGUUGCAAAUCCAGUGUUUCAUGCUGGAAAUGGUCUCCACUUCCAACCAUUCGAUUCUCAUUUAUUGUGA